GAGGAUAAGAACGAGUAAAAAGGCGGAUGCCCCGACAGAAAACAAUGGAAAAGAUAAGAUAAGGUCCAACUCACCUCUAUAAAAGGCCUUUCCUUAAGAUAUUUGCUACGACACGUAAUACUUAGUUUUGGUUCAAGCAAGUGAAAGAUCAUCGGCAAGAUGGGUUCUCUAAUGGCAGGAUGGGAUUCUCCAGUAUCAGAUCCUAAAUCAGUAAUACGCAAAAGAAAUCGAUCACUUACCAAGGAAGAGAUUGAAGCUUACUGGAGAUCAAAGAAGAAAACGGAGGAAGAGCAUCUUAAGGCUAUUUAUAGUCCAUCAGCUAGCUGCAGCCAGCUGGAAACUCCAUUUGAUGAGUAUGGAAGGAAAUAUAUGAGAUCAAGCUCCAUGCCUUUGCCCAAUAAAAAACAGGGUUUCGUGGACAUGGACGCAGAAACGAGCCUGGAAAAUAUCAUAAAGAAGAAUGGAUGGUGGACAAGGAGCAAUUGGGCAUUUUUGAAUGAACCUCCUGUUCUUGACCGCUCUACCAACAGUUACAAAACACAGUUCCACAUUGCCAACCUUGCUGCAUCGGAGCUUAACAAAGAUGCUGGAAUCAGUGCUAAUUAAUUUUUCGCUCCUAUUGCUAUCUUGUGUGGGCCUAUUUGUCUAUCGAAUCUGUAUAUAAUUAUGUUCUACAAAGUAGUAAGAACAUUACUCUCAUGUGUGCUGGUGUGUGAGUGUGUUGAGUGUCUCUUGGUCUGGAGUCUGUACAAAGUAGUUGUAGCACUAAAUUGCUAAUAGUAAUGAUUGAUAAAUCUGUUGUAGCACUAGAGUUCUCUGUAUUAUAAAGAGAUUUAUAUGACAAGAUUUUCUUCUAGUGAUAGAGUACUUUCUAAAACAAGAAGAAUUGUUCUAAAUCUCGUAUGGUUUCUUUG